AUGAAUCCUCAGGUCUGCAAUGGUUCCAGCCUCUGGGGGUCUCCCCCGAGUGUGGUGGACCGCCUGGUGAUGAAAUUUAGGGAUGGAAGCCUGUCAGAGGAAGACCAGAGGGAAUGCCUGGGCAUUACAGUGGACCAGGUCUUGCAGGCCUGCUCUAGAGACAUGGAGGAGGAGGAGACAAUGCUGCUGGUGACCAUACUGCUGGCCAGAAAGGUGGCCAAUCACACUCCAUCCUUGCUGUGCAAGGUCUUCCACACAACAGUGAAUUUUAUUAACCAGAACUUGCUCACCUACAUGAGAAACUUAGUCAGAAAUGAGAUGGACUGCAGGUGGCUGCAGAUGGUUCAGUUGGUACCUGCAUCCUGUGGAGACAGAGCCCAACUGCAUACACAAAGCUCUUAG